GAGAGAGAGAGAGAGAGAGAGAGGACCAUGGAGAGAGAUUUGAAAGAGGAGACCGUGGAGAAGAGAGAGGAGGAAAAUGCUGUGGAUGUUAGCCUCAAAGAUCUCUCCAAAAGGCUUGAAGAGUUUGCCAAGGAGAGAGACUGGGAGCCAUACCACAGCCCAAGGAACCUCCUACUUGCUAUGGUUGGCGAAGUAGGAGAGCUCUCAGAGAUAUUCAUGUGGAAAGGAGAAGUGGCUCCUGGUCUUCCAAAUUGGAAGGAAGCGGAGAGGGAGCAUCUCGGUGAAGAGCUUUCUGAUGUCCUGCUGUAUCUCAUAAGAUUGUCAGAUAUCUGUGGCAUCAACCUUGCGGAUGCAGCUCUCAAGAAGAUUGUCAAGAAUGCCAUCAAAUAUCCUUCAAAGCCCAUUUGAUGAUUCCUAUAAUGUUUUAAUUAGCGAGUCAUAUAAUAAGAUUAUUAUGUUUACAGAUGUAUGUUAAUCAGAUACAAGUGAUGAUGUCGACACUACUUCGUGGAAUUUGGUUUGGUUAA